AUGCCAAAAGCAGAAGUUGGAUCAACGAAGUUUUUAAACAACAAGUUAAAGUCCAAAGGACUUCAGCGAUUACGAUGGUACUGCCAAGCUUGCGAAAGACAAAUGCGCGACGAAAAUGGCUUCAAAAUGCAUGUACAAUCUGAGUCGCAUGUUCGACAAAUCCUCCUAAUCGGCGAGGAUCCUAAGAAAUAUAUCAACGAUUUUAGUAAUCAAUUCCAGCGUGACUUUCUACAAUUGUUACGAACAUCUCAUGGCGAAAAACAAGUCAAUUUGAAUCAUUUCUACCAGGAAUACAUCAGCAACAAGGAGCAUAUUCAUAUGAAUUCAACGAAAUGGCCAUCCUUGACAGAGUUUGCCAAAUUUCUGGGCAGAGAAAGCUUAUGUCGAGUAGAGGAAACGGAUAAAGGCAUACAAGUAGCCUGGAUCGACAACUCACCCGAAGCGUUAAGACGGCAAGAUGCAAUUAGGAAGAAAGAGAGGCAGGACAAGGGUGACGAGGAGCGGGAGCAAAUGCUUAUCAGGGAGCAGGUACGUCGAGCAAAGCAAGAUGCUGAAGCCCGUGGAGAAUCCGAGGUGGAUGAGCAAGAACGAGGCCUUAAAAGAGAGGAAGGAGAGAAAAUAAAGCUUAGCUUCGGUGCUAAGCCUGCCGUUUCAAAUCCUGAAAGCAAAACUAUUGAGCCAGAGGAGAGCAAGACACCGGUUGGUGACGCGCCUUCUCUUGAAACUGCAAAAGACGAGGACAAGCCUUCUGAGACACCGGUCACUGGUGAUGAUAAAAUCGCAGAGUCUCCAAAUCUGGAGCCACCAGCCCCGGCCAAAGUUUCCUUAAAGAUGGGAUUCCAGAGCAAACCAAAGAACGUUUUUGCAGCGGCCAAAAAGAAUGCUUUAGGGGGUAAGAAGGCUCCCGUAUUUGAGCAGCCGAAAAAGAUAAGCGAGGCAGAGCGUAUUAUGAAGGAAGAAAUUGAGCGCAAGAGGAGCAGGGAGCAAUCAAAUGGAGGACCAUCUCAUAAAAGACCACGAUUUUAG